UUCUAAAUUUCACUGGAGAGAGAGAGAGAAAAAAAGUUCGUAUCUUUCUUCUGGGUGGGAGUGGCAAAGUUCUGAUAUUUCUCGUUGCAAUUCGUAUCACUAACACUCUUUAAUACCCAUUCACCCUCUUUGGGGGGUCAAGUUUCCGCGCAGCGAUUUUAGGGUUUUUUCGAAUCGAGCGAAUGAUUGUUCUCCUCAGGAUUUGACUAGCUACUGCUUAGUUCGCGGCGAGCUUUUGGUGUUUGUUAUGGAGCGAUGAAGCAGCCUUUCAUAGGCCUGAUGAAUAGAGGUACUAUUUCUGGCUUCAGAAAUUUUAUUCAGCUCUUUUCACUUCGGCCUCGUGGACUCAGUUUCUCGACUUUAACCGAUACAAGACCUUUUCCUGAUUAUUCACCAAAGAAAGCUUCAGUAAGAGACACUGAAUUGGUACACCAAAUCACCAAUGUGAUUAAGCUGCGUCGGGCUGAGCCUCUGAGGCGGAGUUUGAAGCCUUAUGAAUGCAAGUUCAAGACUGAUCAUUUGAUUUGGGUUCUGAUGAAGAUUAAGACUGAUUACAAGUUGGUUCUUGAUUUCUUUGAUUGGGCUCGUUCCCGUAGAGACUCCAACCUUGAAUCCCUUUGCAUUGUCAUUCAUUUGGCUGUGGCAUCAAGGGAUCUAAAAGUAGCUCAGUCUCUCAUUAGGAGUUUUUGGGAGAGACCAAAGUUGAAUGUUACUGAUUCCUUUGUACAUUUUUUUGAUCUUCUAUUAUACACCUACAAGGACUGGGGUUCGGAUCCUCGAGUAUUUGAUGUUUUCUUCCAAGUACUAGUUGAAUUUGGAAUGCUCCGUGAAGCGAGAAAAGUCUUUGAGAAGAUGUUGAAUUACGGAUUGGUUCUCUCUGUUGAUUCUUGCAAUGUAUACCUUGGUCGUCUUUCCAAAGACUGCAGUAAUACUGCAACAGCAAUCAUAGUAUUCAGGGAAUUUCCGGAAGUGGGUGUUUGUUGGAAUGUUUCUUCUUAUAACAUUGUUAUUCAUUGUAUUUGUCAACUCGGGAGGAUAAAUGAAGCCCACCAUCUACUCCUGCUUAUGGAGCUGAAGGGCUACACCCCUGAUGUAAUCAGUUACAGCACAGUGAUAAGUGGAUAUUGUAGAUUUGGGGAACUUGACAAGGUUUGGAAGCUCAUUGAAGAAAUGAAGCACAAAGGGCUGAAGCCAAAUUCUUAUACUUAUGGUAGCAUAAUUGAUUUGCUCUGCAGGCUUUGUAAGCUAGCCGAAGCAGAGGAGGCUUUUCGUGAGAUGAUAGAGCAGGGCAUACUUCCUGACACAGUAGUGUACACAACUCUUAUUAAUGGUUUCUGCAAGCAAGGGAAUAUUCGGGCUGCGUCAAAGUUUUUUUAUGAGAUGCACUCUCUGGAUAUUAGACCAGAUGUUUUGACAUAUACUGCUAUUAUAUCAGGGUUUUGUCAUAUGAGCGACAUGGUGGAGGCUGGUAAACUAUUCCAUGAAAUGCUUUGCAGGGGCUUAGAACCGGAUAGCAUUACUUUUACUGAACUUAUAAAUGGAUACUGCAAAGCUGGGCAGAUAAAAGAUGCUUUUAGUGUCCACAAUCACAUGAUUCAGGCUGGGUGCUCCCCAAAUGUUGUUACAUACACCACAUUAAUUGAUGGGCUUUGUAAGGAAGGGGACUUAGAUUCAGCGAAUGAGCUUCUCCAUGAAAUGUGGAAAAUAGGUCUUCAGCCAAAUAUAUUUACUUACAAUUCCAUUGUCAAUGGUCUAUGUAAGUCAGGUGAUAUUGAGGAGGCAGUUAAACUUGUUGGAGAAUUUGAAGCUGCGGGACUUAAUGCAGACACUGUAACUUAUACAACCUUAAUGGAUGCCUACUGUAAAGCUGGAGAGAUGGAUAAGGCUCAAGAGAUUUUGAAGGAGAUGCUCGGUAAAGGGCUUCAACCGACUAUUGUCACAUUCAACGUCCUAAUGAAUGGCUUUUGUUUGCAUGGGAUGUUAGAAGAUGGCGAGAAGCUUCUAAAUUGGAUGUUGGAAAAAGGUAUAGCGCCUAAUGCAACCACAUAUAAUUCUCUCAUGAAGCAAUAUUGCAUUAGAAAUAACCUGAAGGCAGCGACAGCAAUUUAUAGAGGCAUGUUUUCUCGGGAGGUAGGGCCUGAUGGUAAGACGUAUGAGAAUUUAGUCAAAGGGCAUUGCAAGGCUAGGAACAUGAAGGAAGCAUGGUUUUUAUUUCAAGAAAUGAACGAGAAGGGAUUUAGUGCCUCCGUCAGCACAUACACCGCUCUCAUUAAAGGAUUAUUCAAGAGAAAGAAAUUUGUGGAGGCGAGAGAAGUUUUUGACCAAAUGAGAAGAGAAGGGUUAGCUGCUAAUAAAGAAAUUCUCGACUUUUUCAGUGAUACAAGAUACAAGGGCAGGAGGCCAGAUACAACUGUAGAUCCUAUUGAUGAAAUAAUAGAGAAUUACCUUGUGGAUGAGGAACUAAGGGAAGCCAAUUAGGUGAUGGUAAGUUAGAACUCAGAAGUUGAUCUUAGUGAGAUUGAAUGUGGUUUUGAAGGAAACAAGAUGCCUCUUUCCAGGUGUUAGACGCAUCAUGUCGUUAAGGAGCUCUUUUGAUUGAAAAAGGCUAAAGGGGUUCCGCAUAUGAAAGACAAGAGUAUAAGCGUUUGAUCAAUCUGUUAGCAGAUGACCCUGUCUAUGCGCAGCUACCGGCAGGCUUCAUGAGGAUUUUUCUUCCCUGCCAACGCAACUUCAUCUUGACAAGAAUAUCUGUGAACUCCUCCCUAAACGUUCUUGUUUGUUUCCCUAUGUGUGAGGAUUUCUGCAGUUCACGUUAAUUCUUAGUGAUUUGUCAUUUGGUGAAAGAGAAGUGAUGCUAGUGCAACUUCUCCAUUUUGGCGAUUUUCAUCAGCUUCCUAUCCAGAUUUCAAAGUUAUAAAUCUCUGUUAGUGCUCUUCGAGGGACUUGGAAGUUCACACUACUAUUUGAGGCCAACCCAGAGAACAAUACUCUUUAGGUGCGUGAUGGCGUGUAAAAAACAGAGCAUUAUGCAAAAUGUAUUAUAUGAUAUAUUAUUAUCUUUGGUCAUACUUAGAAAAAUUGUUACAAUGUAACAUUGUGAUCAUUAUAUAGCUUAAAUAAUCCGAGUGCUCCGGCGUCUCUUUCUCCGUCAA